CGUAACUGAGGAUUUGCAAAUAGUACUACUAUACACCGGCACCGGUGAUCUCUUGCAGUUUUACUCCAACUUGCGUGCGUUAAUACAAAUAAAAGUAACGCGUAAAAAUAUGAUUUUUUUAAAAACUUUAUUUGUUUUGAUAUACCUAAAAUGUGUUCUAACAAAUUCAACGACAGAAAAUGCCCUGGACAAAGAGCUAAAGGAAAUGGAAUUCAAAGAGGGACUUACCGUGGAGCCUAAAUACAAACUACCCUCAAUUAAUGUCAGUGUUAGUGAUGAUUCUACGACAACGGUAAGGGCCAGUUUGUCGAGGGUGCUGGAUUUUUACAAUACCGAAAUUUUGGCCGCCAAUUUUGGCAGGGUAAAAAACACCCUGUCUUCGGGGUGCCGAAGAGACGUAAGCCUUUAUUUGGAUGGGCUUAAGAGAACUACAAAUUGGGCAUUAAAAAUGGAUGAUGCCAGUGGUCGCUACUCCAAUGGCUGGUUUUGGGGAAAUCAUUUUUGGCUUGGAUCCCAAACCCUCUGCGAUAACAUUUCCCCGGGAAACUUCAAUAUUAUAAUUAAUUCAAAUAAUUCCAGAAAUAGAAGAGAAGCCGAAGUCAGGGGUAAAAGCUUUAGCCCCAGUCAAGCUAUGGGUUAUAACCCUGGACUCAUGGUUCAUACUUCUUUAUCACCUUUUCCUGUAUCUUUAUAUACUCUUCGAUUAUAUCUUAACACCACUUUUGUUAAUGAGGAAAAACAUUUAUACUUGGGAUUAUGUAUGCCCCAUGUGUGUACAGAUAAGGAUAUACAAAAUUUAGUCGAAGGAGUUGCAUCGUAUUCUAAAAAAAUUACCGUCAAAGUUGAGGCAGUCAGAUCAGCACAUAAUAGAUAUGAUAUUUGGAGAGAUAGCACCUUCCAAAUUUUAUGCGGAGUUACGACAGUUGUUAUGGUUUUAUUAAUUAUUGGAACCUGUUAUGAUUUUUACAUCCAAAAUUUAAAACUUAAAAAAAUGUUGGCUAAAAAUUGUUCUCAAUUCACGCAAACUGUAGAAAUGCCCGAUGGCAAACCAAAAAAUGGUAAAUGCGGAAUAUAUGUUGUAAAUAAUAAUAAUAAUGGAAUAUUACCUUCGGAAGUGAAUAGUCGCCAGUCAUCUAAAUACAGAGAACCUAUGACACGACUAAUAUUCAGAGAAACACUGCUAUCUUUUUCCCUAAGAGCCAACAUAAAAACAAUUUGCGAUAAAACAGUGGGCAGCGAUACAAUUCCAGUUAUUCAUGGUUUAAAAUCCAUAAGCAUGGCAUGGGUUAUAUUGGGACACACUUGCAUUGUAGCUUUUAAAUAUUCCGAUAACAUGGAAUACCGAAAAGUUGUCCAAAAAGAAUUUCUAUUUCAAACUAUAUUGAAUGGUACAUUCAGUGUUGAUACAUUCUUUUUUACUAGCGGAUUAUUGGUAUCUUUUCUUUACUUUAGAACAAAUGCUAAAGGUAAAUUGGAUCCUCUAACGAAUGGAACAACUGGAUUUUUGGCUGGAUUCUUGCACUUUGUAGGACUAAUUAUGUAUAGAUUUGCAAGGCUUACAGCUCCGUAUUUAUUCUCUGUUGGUUUGGUGGAGGUUUCCAUGAAAUGGUUUCACUACAAUUCAGUCUUUGAGGUUCCUGCACUGGAUCAUGAAAAUUGUCCCAAAUACUGGUGGAGAAAUAUACUCUAUAUUAACACUUUAUAUCCUGUUGAAGAAAUGUGUAUGCUUUGGAGUUGGUACUUAUCGGAUGAUACCCAAUUUUACAUAAUUGGAGCUAUAAUGCUUAUAGUAGCUGCAAAUCACUUUAAGAGCGCAGCAGCACUUUUAAUCAUUUUUGUGACCAGCUCUUGGAUAACCACAGGCUACAUAGCAUAUAGUCACAGUCAUAUACCAGGAUCCGACGAUCCUUUAGCGUUAUUUGACAAAAUUUAUGACAAACCCUGGACACGUUUGGGACCAUAUUUAAUUGGAAUGUGUUGCGGAUGGCUGUUAUUUAAAAAAGACUGCCGUAUCAGAAUGUCAAAGCUUACCUUAACUGUUGGUUGGACAGCUUCAGUAUCAGUAUUAUUAUCGUUAGUCUACGGUUUAUACGAAGUUAAUUUACACCCUAUAGCUGGAGCCGCAUACAGCUCCCUAAGUCAUUCAGCAUGGGCAAUGGGACUGGCCUGGAUUGUGGUGGCAUGUGUCACUGGCCAUGGAGGAGUUGCAAAUAAAAUCCUAUCGUCAACUAUUCUUUACCCAUUUAGCAGAGUAACUUAUUGUGUCUAUUUAAUACAUCCAAUUGUUAUAAGGUUAAUGGUGAUGAGUACAGACAGCCCUAUGCAUUUGGGUUUUAUAAUAACUUUUAUAAUAUUUUUGGGACAAUCAGUGGCGUCAUACGCUUUAGCGUUUUUUGUUUCACUUGCUUUUGAAGCACCUGUUGUAUCAUUAUUAAGGAUAAUGUCUAAAGUAGUAGCGAAUAGAAAAACGGUAGCUGAUGCCAGCAAUCCGUGAUAUUGUUUAGUUUUAAAAUUUUUGUAAAUAGCUGUUUUUGUUAAAUAAAUUGUUUUAUAAAAUAUACCAAAAAUGAACUGUAGAAUUAUACGCAUUUUGGGGCUUAAGUACCUUGUUACCUACCUGCCUUAACAUACAAGUAUUAAAUCUAG